GUGAGAGGCAUCGUCUGAGUAAGUGAAAGGGAGUGUAAGAGAUUGCAGCUGGCGCUGAGAGAACUUGUACGGAGCUUCUUCUACCUGCUGGCAGGAACACCAUGAGCUCCCAGUUUAACAAGGGCCCGGCCUAUGGUCUGUCUGCCGAAGUCAGGAACAAGUUGGCACAGAAAUAUGAUCCACAAAAGGAGACAGAAUUAAAAGUAUGGAUAGAAGAGGUAACAGGAAUGUCCAUUGGGCCAGACUUCCAGAAAGGAUUAAAAGACGGUGUCAUUCUAUGCGAGCUCAUGAACAAAUUAAGACCACACUCCAUCCCAAAAGUGAACGUCUCUCGACAGAACUGGCACCAGCUAGAGAAUCUCUCCAACUUUAUAAAAGCAAUGAAUCUUUAUGGAAUGAAAUCGGUGGAUCUUUUUGAAGCCAAUGACCUUUUCGAGAAUGGGAACAUGACUCAAGUUCAGGUUUCUUUGCUGGCGCUUGCUGGUCUGGCAAAAUCGCGGGGUAUGCAGAGUGAAGUAGACAUUGGGGUAAAAUACUCAGAGAAACAGGAGCGUAAUUUUGAUGACAAUACAAAGAAAGCAGGACACUGUGUUAUUGGGCUCCAGAUGGGCACAAAUAAAUGUGCCAGUCAGUCUGGCAUGACAGCAUAUGGCACAAGGAGGCAUCUAUAUGACCCCAAGAACACCAUAUUACCACCAAUGGACCACUCUACCAUCAGCCUACAGAUGGGAAGCAACAAAGGAGCAAGCCAGGUUGGCAUGACUGCCCCAGGCACCCGGCGUCACAUCUAUGAUACCAAGCUUGGGACUGAGAAGUGUGACAAUUCAUCCAUGUCUCUGCAGAUGGGAUACACCCAAGGAGCCAACCAGAGUGGUCAGAUUUUUGGGCUCGGCAGGCAGAUCUACGACCCAAAAUACUGCCCCACGGGUAACCGAGAUGAUCUGCCCAACGAUGAAAAUGAGCAGGAACAGUACCAGCAGGACUUCUGAACUCUUGUAUGGGGUGACCUUGGCAUUAGGACCAAUAAGAGCUACCUUUGAAAGGGUGAACAUUUGAAAGGGUAUCCCAAAGUAGAAUUUUUCCCUUAUUUAUCCGCAGCUGCAAAAAAUAAGAGGACUCCAUUUUGUAUAUUGCUUGUUAUCAAGAUUCCAAAGAUUUCUUUUAUUGCAAACAUCUUUCAGGGUGAGGGGGUCUGACAUUUUAUCCUAUAUUAGAUGCCUUUACAGUGCUUGUUAGUAAGAGUGUUACAAGUGCCUAACUGUAAUUUCCAGGCAUAAACUUCAGAAUUCCUUUUUUCUGAUCCUCCAUACUAGUGCCUUAUUAAAUUUAUAAACAACAGAGCAGAGCAGAACAGUAUUGCUUUCAGCAUUCUGCAGUUUAGGAAGGCUUAAGGAAGGGGCCUUUUAGAAACAGGUUUUCUUUUCCAACUCUUUGCCAUGCAGAGAGCCAAAGCUUUUUGUAUUCUUACACUGAUGAUAUUUAAGAUAAUAUUGAAUUUUUUUUAAGAAGGGAUGACUUGCAUGGGAGGAAAAGAGAAAUCCCUACUUGAGUUAGUGGUUUUGUUUCCAUGGGUACUCAUUAAUGAAAAGAGCAGGUCAUCUUACCUUAAAUGUUUCUUUGCUUGGUGGUCUGCCAGAGAUGAAGUGACAUAACAUUCUGUAGAUUACUAAACAAUAUAUACCUUUGGAAGUAAUUUCUAAUGUUAAUGGAUCAAGCACAGUUUUUCUGAACGUUUUAUUAACAUUUUUAGAGUGUUUAUAAAAGACAAGGGACCCCUUAAAAUAUCAGUGUGUCCUAGGAUAUAGAGUGGCUAUAUUGGAUACUCAUUUUGGGGGUUCUGCACCCCCUCUUGCAUAUGCUGAUAAUUACCCUUGCUGCUGUUUUUUUCAUGUGUGGAAGUGCCAGGGGUGUGAACUUGCCACUACACUGCACUAGAUGUGCGACACAUUGUCAUUUAAAGAGAAGACACUGGUCACUGCAGCCCAAACUCUACUUUGUUGACCAGUGAGUUAUUAGAGCCUAACUGCCUCUAGAACUGCACCAAAACACUGUACAUGCUGCCUUUAGUCUGUUACCAGUCAUUAUAGUUAAUCUUGAUUUGUGUAUUUCCAUGGAAGAAAUUCUGUUCUUUCAUUUCUCCAAGCCCCUGCCUUAAGUUUCAUGAACAAUUUUGUUUUAUAGGUCAGAAAUGUAUUUGCCAUGAGAAUUCAUAAACUGGAUAUAGAUGUUGAUACUUUUAAGGGACCAGUUUAGAUUUUAUUAUAAGUGAAAAACAAACUUGAUUACUGCGUGUGGUUUUAUGUAAAGGACCAAACAUGUUAAGUUUCCAUUAUGUUAUUCUCAUAUGUUCAAUGGCUUCAUUUAUUACAGGUAAACUUUUAUACAGAACUAAAAUCUGGAUCAUUGUUAACCGCUAUUGAAAUGUCUUUGAUUCUUAUAUGGGGUUUGCUUUUUGCAUUUCUUUGUCUUUAUAAAAAGGCUUUUUAUCCUUUCUUUUUUCCAAGAUAUAUAUUGGAUAUGUAAUAUGGGCCAAAACCUUUAAUAAGGUGUCUGUGAAUGGGAUUCAUACCUACAAUAUUAUAAUUGGAUGACUUCACUUUUAAGUUGUGCACUACCACAUAUAACAAGCUGCAUUAGGAGUUCUAUGUUACAACUGAAAAAAGCAGCAAAAUUAGCUUUUAUUUGCAUUUCAUAGCUCAGAAUCCCGCACUGCAGUUCAAAAACAAAAUACCUGUGUGGGAUUAAAGGGCAUAGCAAGAUUAGUAACAUGAAAUACAGUCUGUGAAUCAGUUGAUAAGUGUUGUUAAAUAGGUAAUAAAGGAUUUAACUGGA